CAAGACGAUAUUUAUUAAUCUAUCUAUUUUUAAAACGCAUUGAAAGAACUCCUUUAAAUUGAAUCAGAUAUGCGGCAGUGUAACGAAAAAUAUCGAUAAUUAUCAAAACAUCGAUAACAAGAUAAUGCCAUCUCUUGUGCGCGGCCAGUGAACAUUGUUUUCAUUGUACUAGCCACGCACUAGCUGCUUAGUAGACAGCUGCGGAGUAGAGUUUUCGUGUGGGGAAUUGUGUUCAUUACAGCUGACACUGGUUACUGUAAACGCAUCAAUAUACAAGUAUGUAAGAAGUAAACAAAAACAAAUUCAGAUGACAAUAGUCCAGUGUGCCCGAUUGGGAAAGCAAUAGUGUGACCAAAACAAACGCAGCCAUUGAACAUUGUUCUCUUUGGACUAGCCACUCACUAGCUGCUUUGUAGAUAGCUGCGGUGUAGAGUGAAUGAGUGAGUUUGGUGAAUUACAUUAAUUACAGAUAACGCUGGUUACUGUAAAUCCAUUAAAUAAAAAGAAAUUCAGAAGGAAUCCAUUGUGCCCGAUUAGGAAAGCAAGGCAAAGAUAUGGUCAAAACAAUCAAGCCGGCUAACGGAACUUUCGAUUUCAAUCAGUUACUUUAGAAGUUACAUGUGUUCCCAUUAAAUGUAACAAGUCCCAUAAAAUCGUCAAAAAUAAAGUUUAAUUUUGUUACGAUUUAAAAUAUCUUUCCAUUUGAAUUGGAUUAGUUUGUGUGUAAUUCACUAGAAAUAUCUUUGUACCAUCAUGUCGGAUAAGCCCGCAAAACGAUCCCGCAGAACAAGCGCUCCUCAAUGCGAUUGCGAUUGUGCUAAAACGGUCAAGAAUUUGGAGGAUCACUUUAAAUUAUUGACGGAUUUAGUGGUUACUGUAUCCCAUAAAAUAGAUUCUCUCCAAGAAAUAAAUAACGAAAUGCAAUCGCAACUCACAGCUGUAUUUCAAGCGCUGCAGAAUCAAAAAGCUGAGAAGGACAACUUCAUAGAAAGUAUCGCGGUCAAGCAAUAUGAUAAAGUCUCUACGAAACCCAAGUUUCCCAUUAAUUCUGCAGAAGAAAUGGAGAUGAUUGAUAAGAACAUAGAUAUGUUAGAUGUAGAAAAUAUUGCGUCAACUAUGGCGCGUUUACUACAACCGCAUGGAGUUGAGAAACAACUGCGAAACAUUUUUACUGAUGAUUUUGUUAUGGCCCAUAAUUUAGAUGGCGUUCAUGGCAAAUUGGCGAUUAGGUCUUAUAAAAAUUUUUGUGAAGUUCUUAUUGAAGCCAUUAAAGCUACCGGUGGAUCCGACUCAGCAGAAGAUCAACUGCGCAGGGCGUUACAGCUCCAGAAGAAGAGAGUUUUCAAAAAGAGGAGCUGCGAUUUAAAAAAACAGAAAAUGUCAGACAGUUUUUCAUCAGAUUAUUUUUAAAUAAUUCCAUAAUUGUUAUACAAUCUCAUUAUAAAUAAACAUAAGAAUUUAAAGAUAUUGAAUUUGAAAGCUUAU